AUGAUCUGCCAAGACUUCCUAUUUUUCAACUGUGCACACACAGAACCCGUGUCCACUUUCCAUUCAAGCCAUCCCGCUCCUCCGAAGAAGGACAAGGAGAAGAGACGCCGCCAGAAGUCCGUCCUGAGCUGCGACUUCUGCGGCAAGACCUUCGACCGGCCGUCUCUCCAGCGCAGGCACAUGCGGACUCACACGGGCGAGAAGCCUCACGCGUGCGAGGUGUGCGGCAAGGCGUUCAGCACGUCCAGCUCGCUCAACACCCACCGGAGGAUCCACUCGGGCGAGAAGCCGCACCAGUGUCCCGUGUGCGGCAAGAGGUUCACGGCCUCCUCGAACCUCUACUACCACCGCAUGACGCACUCCAAGGAGAAGCCUCACAAGUGCCCGGUGUGCUCCAAGUCGUUCCCGACCCCCGGUGACCUGAAGAGUCACGCGUACGUACACAGCGGGACGUGGCCCUACCGCUGCCACCUGUGCGAGCGGGGAUUCAGCAAGCACACCAACCUCAAGAACCACCUCUUCCUCCACACAGGUGACCGCCCCCACUGCUGUGACGUGUGCCACAAGACAUUCGCCCUGGCAUGCAACCUCCGGGCGCACAUGAAGACGCACCAGGAAGGUGGGUAG